UCACUCGAAACUCUCCCCGUCGCCCUCCCCGUCGACGUUACGUACGCCGCCGUGGCGUGCCUGCAAGCAGAAUAACAUGGAGUCCACCGCCUGGCAUCUCCCCGCAGAGAGUCCGAGCUGAGCCUGAAAGCAGCGCCGCUCUUCCCGCCGCAGCGGCCGGAGCCUCCCGCGAGCGCCGCGCGCGCGGCUCAAAGCUUCGGCUCCGCUCGGGAAGAAGAACGAGCGGCGCCUGAUCCGCCAGCCCCCCUCUCCCGCUACACCAGGCCGAUCUCAGCUGCACCAUGUAGGUGGGCUGGUCACCAGUGGGACUCUGCACUGUCCUCUGGGGGACCAUGGAGCCAGAACCUCUGACCCCAGGGACCAGCCAUGAGCCCCCAACCUCUACCAACGUCCCCAACUGCGCCUUAGCGUCCUUGACUUCUCCAGAUUCUCCAGGGGAUGACCUGAUGUCUGCUAAAUGGGCCGGAGCCGGAGAGGAGCAAUCCGGAGCAGAGCCGGGGAGGGGCGCACAGAGGACGCUCAAGUCCUCAGCCUUCACCUCCUCCCUAAGCUGGGACUCCGACUCUGAGAAGGAAGCUCUAGAUGAAGAGGAGCUACAGAACUUUUCUAACCCUCACGGUCUGGCUGCUCACAGCCCAGGAUCUCCUUCUUCCGGACUCAGGCUUGACAGCAAAGAGGAGCGUGAAGCGGAGAAACUGCAGCGCCUCAGCAGUAAAACGGACCCGUCGCCCCCCGUGGACAGACGCAGUGACAUCCGCCAGAGCGCCGAUGCAUCUCCGCUUGGUCAGAAAGAACUGGAAGACGGCGGCGCCUGGGACGCUUCUGAGAGAGGGGAGGCGUUCCUGUCCAGACCAAAGGAUGGCUCCCGAAUGGAGGCUGAGGAGGACAGCAGCGAGAAAGAGGCGAGGCCCAAGAGGAACCAAGUCCCGCAGCCGGAGAGAGACGUUUACACCUUCCCCGGGGACUCGGACCCAGAGAGCCCCCCUCCUGCCCCCUGGGCUCACUGCACCUUCAUCCAGCGGUGCAGGAAGAAGCGGGUUCUGCUCCGGCCCUUCUCCGGACUCAGAAGCUUGAACAAAUCGGAAUCUGGAAAGCUGACCAAACGCAGCCCCCUGAGGUGUAAAGCUGCAAAGAGUGGACCAGUUCACCCCGGGGGAGGGGUUUACGACUUUGAGGAAGGCUUUGAGGAAGGACCGGCGGAGACCAGGAAACUGAGAGGGAGAGGAGGGAAAAAGCCUAAAGAGGCAGAGGAAGAGGCGCCAGAGAUUUUUACCUGUGUGGAGUGCAGCAUUUACUUCAGAAAGCAGGUCCACCUGAAGGAGCACAUGGCCCAGCACAGUCAGAGCACAGCAGGGGGGGGCCGGCGUGCGGGAAAGGGCAGGAGUUUUCAGUGCGCCGAGUGUGGGUGGAACCUGCCCAACAGGCCGGCGCUGGCGGACCACCACAGGCGGCACUGCGAGUCCCGCCUGAAGAUCCUGGAGGAGAUCGAAAAGCUGAACGAGAACGGAAAUGAGGCGGCAGAAAACGAAGAGAAUCCUGCCCACCCGGCCGUUGCACAACACACGGGCCCAGUUUACAAUGCAGGCAAAAUGUCAGCCCCAGAAAUAGUCAAAUCUCCACCUCUGUCUCCUGCUUCACUUUCAACACCAGACCAGGACUUUUACGCAACGCCUUUGACUUCAGCUGGAAUCCCGGCUCAGACCAGAACCGUGUCUUCUUACCGCCGCCGCUUUGUCUGCACCAAGUGUAACUUCAGCACAAGAACAUCACAGGCUCUGGCUAAUCACUCCAAGACCCACAAUAGAAAAAAACCUGCUCUCCAGGCUGACUCCCCCUCUCCUGGCUCAGCAUCGACUUUGGCAUCCACCUCCCUAAGGUGUGGUCACUGUGCCUUCCUGACUUCAAGUCUAAGCACACUGAGGGAACACCAGACACUUGUUCACCACGUGUCUGCUCGUGGGAAGCACGAUGAUGGAGGGUCUCACCUCUCUGAGUCUGGAUCCUUCCCAGAAGCAGCUCAAGGCAAAAGCCAGCACGGAAUCACUGCCCCCGAGGACGAAGCCGCUCCAGACGGUGCCGCAGCUCAGCCUAAAAGCCAGGCAGUAGGGAGCAGGAGACUGAGCACGCGAGGGAAGACCUGGACCGAGUUUAAUCCUGAAAUGGAUGAUGAAUCGUCGAGUCGAAGGGAGAAACUGGAUCGAGAGCGCCGAAAGGAGCCUACCUCUGAGGAAAACUCACCUGUGGGAGGGAAGCCCCGAACAAAAGCGAAACCCAACACCGAAGAGUCUUCUUCAGUGGUGCAUGCUACAUUAUCACUGCCCACUAAAACGGCUGCAGAAGAUGAGGACAAGAAGGAAAUGGACAAAGAUGGAAAGGUUUUCUUUUUGAGGAGGAGCAGGAGGGUCACUGCUGCCUCGGCCCCAACUGACAGUGACGAUGACGAUGUGGACGAGGUAGAUGUGCAGCACUUCCUGUCACACCACAUCUUAGAUGAAGACGACUCAGAUGAGGACCCAGAGGCGCUGAAGCCCGUGGAGAAGAAAUGCCCCUACUGCCCUGAUCGGUUUCACAAUGGAAUUGGGCUUGCCAAUCACGUGAGAGGCCACCUGAACCGAGUGGGUGUCAGCUACAACGUGCGCCACUUUAUUUCACCUGAAGAAGUCAACGCCAUUGAGAAGAAAUUCUCGUAUCAAAAGAAGAAGAAAAAAGUUGCCAACUUUGAUCCAGACACAUUCAGUGUGAUGCACUGCGAGUUCUGCAAGGCCGGCUUUGACACCCGGGCUGGCCUGUCUAGCCACGCUCGGGCGCACCUCCGUGACUUUGGCAUCACAAACUGGGACAUUACCAUCUCGCCAAUACACAUUCUGAGGGAACUGUUUUCCAGUCGGCCGGACCUGGUAAUCCCCACAGCACCCCCCAGAAGUCAAAGCAGCUACUCAGAGGAGGAAGAGGAGGAGGAGGAGGAAGAAGGCGAAGAGGAUGAUGAGGAAAGAAACUACAAAGAUGGGAUUAUAAAAGUUAAGCUUGAGGGAGGGACAAGCAAAAGGACUCCGUGUGUCUCUGAUUUGAAUGCAGUGGCUUCAGCGUCUUGCCAUCAAUGGAAGAAAAAGGAUGGAGAGGAAGACUGUAGAGGGGUUGAUGGUGCCGAAGAAGAUGAUGAGGAUCUGCAGCGUUCAGCCCCUGAUGGUGUGAGCGACGGUCCGGGGAACGCCGUGGGCGGCAGCCAAUCUACCGUGGAGGAUGCAGACACCAAGGCCCAACACCUGAAGUGUGAAGUGUGUGACUCUCGGUUUGAGAGUGGGCGUGGCCUGUCCAGCCACGCCCACUUGCGACAGCUGGGCGUCACCGCCUCAGAGCGCCGCGGCGGCACACCGACCGACCUCUGCCGGAUCGCCAAGGAGUGCCACACAGACGGCAAAGUAAGCCUGUCUCUUUCCGAUCCUCUUCCAGCUACGACCCCCUCACCACCCGCUCCCGUAAAAGAUGAGGAUUUAGAAGACAUGGACUUGGACGAGAAGCCCAUCCCGGCUUUCUUACUGGCCAAAGCAGCAAAAGCUGUGUCGCUGCCAUCUUCCUCUCCGGCUCCUACACCCUCUCCUGGUGCCUCUCCGGCUUCGUCUGUCUCCGGUUCUCCUUCAGUGGUGAAGAAAGCUCCCAUUUCCUCUCUGCUGCCUGUGUCUUCCCCCUUGCGCUCUCCCGAGCUCAAGGCCGGAGGCAUGAAGAGCCUCUCUGCCACGCCAUCAGCGGAAACGGCGAAACCCCUGUGGGCGCCGCAGGAGAACGAUGCUCCUCUCAAUCUCGCACUGGAGAUGGACUCCAGUAAGGACAUCGUCUGUCAGCUGUGCGGCGCCUGGUUCGAGACCCGCAAAGGCCUGUCCAGCCACGCUCGAGCGCACCUGCGGCACUUUGGUGUGGAGUACUCCGAGUCAAAGGGCUCGCCCAUCGACUUGCUGAGCCAGCUCAUCGACACCGAUGACUUCAAGCACAAAGCCGGCACGCUGGAGCUGGACAGCCUCGCAGAACCAAAGGGCCUCAACUCAACCGUCUCCUCCGCAAAGCAGUCCCUGCUCACUCUGUCCUCCUCUCCGUCCCUCCUCUACAAGGUGACCGCUGCAGGGGGUGGAUCCACAUCCAAAGCUACCUCGCCUUUACUUGGUCCCCCUGCCAAGCGUCCCAAGGCCUCUUCCAUGCAGGUCUUCCGCCUUAGUAGCGGGGAGCUGAUGGCUCUUCCACACAGUGAACCUCCAAAGGAAAUCGGCUGCGAGUUCUGCGGGGAAUAUUUUGAGAAUCGGAAAGGGCUUUCCAGCCACGCCCGGUCCCACCUGCGCCAAAUGGGCAUCACAGAAUGGACUGUCAACGGAUCCCCGAUAGACACCCUUCGGGAGAUCAUCACAAGGCGGGGCCUGCCCUGCGCUCUUCCUCAGAAUCAUCUCAAAACCCCACCUUCUUCCUCCCCAGGACCUCCUCGUUCCCCUCUGACAGCCUCCUCCUCUCCUUCUGCGGGCCUCCUCAGUCGCCUCCCUUUUACCUUCGCCCGUCCCUCCAGUCCUCCUCAGCCCUCGGGAGCCAAGUCCAGCUCGGCGUCUUCUGCUCCUCCUGGGGGUCUGAGCCUGAAGCUGAAAAGCGAGCCGGUGCAGCUGGAGGUCACGGCUCCGGCGGCUGCAGAGAGGUCUGGAGGCUUUUCAGGCGGCGCUCCUAACUCCAACUGGAGCUCUGACAACGCGUUCCCCCUCAACUUGGCCAAGUCUCCGGACGUGGAGCCUACAAGGGACAUCCGCUGUGAAUUCUGUGGGGAGUAUUUUGAGAACCGGAAAGGCCUUUCCAGCCACGCUCGCUCCCACCUGCGGCAAAUGGGCAUCACCGAGUGGUGCGUGAACGGCUCCCCCAUCGACACCCUGAGGGAGGUCAUGAACAAGAAGGGGCUGGGCGCUUCCUCCGACCAGGGGGUGAAAAAAGAGUUGAGCCAUAGAGCCAGCAGUCCGUCCUGGGAGAAGAAAGUGGGCCGUUCGGAGAGUUUUGGCUUUUAUCAGUCCUCAAAGUACCGGAACUCCCCCCUGAGUUUGGUGCAGUCGGGGCCAAGGGUCCAGAAACCGGGCUUGGGGUCCGGGUCUGGCACCACCUCUGCAGCAAGGUUUUUCCGGAUGUCCCCACUGGGGAAACGGCCUCUGUCUGGGGAGUCCCGGUCAGGAGAGGCGCCGCACUCAUCUCCUCAUCGGCUUAAGACCACGCCCCCUCUGCCGCGGGAUUUCUCCGUCAAAAGAAAACCCUCCCCAGAGAAGCAUCAGGAUCCCAGUUGUGAGCUGUGCGGCUUCUACUUUGAGAACCGCAAGGCUCUGGCCAGCCACGCUCGGGCCCACCUCCGGCAGUUCGGUGUGACUGAGUGGAGUGUAAAUGGAUCGCCCAUCGAGACGCUCAGCGCUUGGAUGCGCAGCAGGCCUCAGAAGGUGUUGGAGAUGCACCGCAGCUACAUGCAGGGUAACCGCUCCGCCCUCAAGAAGAAGGCCCCCUCUUCCUCCUCCUCCUCGCCAUCCUCCUCUUCCUCUCAGUGGUCAUCGUCCGUAGCUGUGAGCCUGGGCCGACCGGCUAGCCAGGAAGUCGGCCACCGUUCCUCCUCCUCCUCCUCCAGAGCUUCAGGGGACCAUGCCGGUACCAGCUCGCAGGGGGGUCCCGUCAGGCCCGGCCGCGGCAGCCCCGGCUUCUCGCGGCCCAGCAGCGCCUCCCCUCCCCAAGCACCGGUGGCUCGCAGUGAGCUGAACGUCCGUCUGCCCCGAGGUUUCGAGCGUCGGCCCUUAAAGCACCCCUCCUGUCCAGAGGGAGCAGAGAGGGACAGUGGUACUCCUAAACCUUUACGCACAGGCACCGUCCCCGCCUUGGUGCCCAAACCACCCUCCUACCCACUGGUCAAGCUGGUGGGCAAGUUCUACACACUGAAGUGCCGGUUCUGCGAGGUGGAGUUCCACGGUCCACUGUCGGUGCAGGAGGACUGGAUCCGACACCUCCAGCAGCACAUCAUCAAGAUGAACUACAACAAGCCUGCUGCUUGCAAGGCGACGGCAGCCGACCCCCAACCCUCGGUCCAAGCCUCCACCUCUACCUCACGAACCUCCCCCGCCGCGGUUGCUAGGAGCUGCUCCCCCGCAACUUUGUCCGACUGUGCUCCUGCCAUAACUGCCACAGAGGGGAUCCGGGGCUCAGAGGAGCAGCCCGGCCUCAUUCCAGCCCCCUUGCCUCUCCCCACCCAGACGGCGUGAGCUCCAACUCGCUGGCCAGCGACCCCCCCCAGAUAAAAUUCGUCCACCUGUUUCUUUCUUUUGGCCUUGGCUGAGUGUUCAGGAGGAGCACUCUCCCUCUGAAGAGCCCUCCGAGCUCCAAGCACCUUUCAAGCAGCUCCAGACUGUUAUAAAGUCCCGUUACCAUGGGAACAGAGCCCUCCUGGAUUGUCUGUGCAGUGGGGGCUGGUGAUUGCUGGUGAUUACGGGAACUGUCCAAGGUCACGAGGAGGGAUGAGCUAAUGUUUUGUGUUUGCCUUGUUUCUACUGAAUGUUCAUCGUUGCUUUAUAUCUCCUUCUAGAUGGAAGGUGUAGGUUUAAUGCGCCCCUCUAUCCAAAUCUAAACCCCCGCAGCACCUCACCCCCUCCUGCCCCCUCAAAAAAAACUCGCACUUCCAAACCCUCCCGCUUAAAAAAAAAAAGUCCUGGUGAGAUGAAAUUCCCGUUUCCACUGAGUGCUAUGGUUUGGUUGGUGCUCCUCCAUCCCGUCCAGGUUCCUGUUUAACGUAUUUAUCGUUAGGAAUCACUGAAUGCUGUGGCUAUGACUUCCAACUCCUCACCUAGCUAAUGUAGCCGUGAUCUGUUAGCUUCAGCCACAACAUUUCCAUUAGCAUUUGCAAAUUGGUUUAAACGUGUCUCAAAAUGUUCUAUUUUCUUUCAGACCUGAGUAUUGUGGAGCUGUAAACAUUGGAAUAAAUGUACGCAAAUGCAUUUUUCCAAAAUAGUUUUCAACUCGAUACAAUUUCAAACAGUUGCUGCCAGCUAGCUCAUUUUCUUGCAAACUCUUUCCUCCCCAAAAAAA